AUGACUACUAUCAAACUCUACGACCUCGCUCGGGUUACUAAGUCGGGAGGUAGCUGGUCAUACAAUGUUUGGAAAACUCGCUUAGCUUUGAACUACAAAGGAAUCUCCUACACUACCAUCUGGGUGGACCACAGCACCAUCAAGUCAACCCUAGAAGCCAUCGGAGUGACUCCGAAUACAUCUGGAAAGGGGUUUGAAUAUACAGUUCCUACUGUGAAGCUCCAGGACGACUCUAUUAUCACCGAAUCUGCCAAGAUUGCAUCGAAGCUAGAGGACAUCCAACCAUCACCAUCCCUGCGCCUGGAUACCAAUUUGCAGGCUGAGGCGGACAGUGUAGUCCGCAUGGUCUACGCACCACUUCUUCCCAUUUAUAUGCCGCACGUGGCUCGCGAAGUCAUCGACAAAUCAACCGUUCCCGCAUUUGCCAAGUCCCGCCAUGCUCGAUUCGGAAUGUCACUGGAAGAGAUGGAGGGGCUCAUAGGAGAGGAACAGGCCUGGGAAGCCACAAAGCCUGGUUUCGAAGCCAUGAAAAAGCUUCUUCGUGAGCGGAAAGAAGACGAGGGGCCUUUCAUUCAUGGUAGUCAGUUGUGUUAUGCUGAUUUUGUCUUGGUUGCUGUCUUUGAGGCGCUUCGACGAGUGGGCAUUGAUAUGUUCGAAAAGGCUAUCGGGAUGGAUCCAUCUUUUGAAAAGCUUUAUGAUGCCUGUGAAGCUUGGGUGCAGAAUGACCAGUAA